UGUGGGGACUGCUUGAUUAUGGAUCAGCGGAUUCAUCAGGAUGAUUCAUUCUAUCACAUUUGGCCCCAUGGCUCCUUUCACACUGCAUUGGUUCUUUACCUGACAAUCUGUGUGUUUGCAUCAAGCACCAUAUUCAUCAUUCUUGGUAUAAUUUCUUGCUGUCUUUGAUCAGUGCUGGCUAAAAUAGAAGAGAAACACUGAAUGGACAAAUGCAAAUGACAUUCAAAGGGCGCCAAGUUCAAUUGUUUUGUUUUCCUCACUCCAGACCCCUUAAUUAAAUACCCUUCAAGCCUUUAAACUCCUUGCCAAAUGGCAGCGUAGCACUUUUUAUUUAUUUCUACAUCCACUGCAAAGUAGCAGCAUCUCCUCUGAAGAGCUGAUACUGGUGUCAGAUACUCUCUUCACUCUGAAUCUAUAGUGGCUCCUUUGUUUCAGUGUGACUGCUAUUUUCAUUUCAAUGUAUUCUAAAGAGACUGAGGUAUUGGGGACAUUGUAAAUUGGUGUUUUGCUUAACUUAUAAAAAUGAGAGGAUGUGCACUGCUAGGAUGUUUCCAGUGAGGGUGUUUUCAUUUGUGUGUGUGUGUGUUUGUUUGUUUUUUACACCAUUGUGAUUGUUUCUAACAGAGAGGAAAUCACUGUUCGAAUGUCUCACUACUUCUGUACAAUCAAAGGAUUCAAGUAUCGGCUUAAAUUGAUAUUUUUUUGUAUAACAGUUCCACACAAUUGUAUUUGGAGAAUUUAAUUUCAUAUUUGGGUGUUUAACUAACACUUAAUAUUAAUUUGUGUUGAAAUUAUAGACAGGCUUAACAAUCACUUAAACAACUAAUUAAUUGAUGAUAACAAUUAACAGAUUAUUUUUUGUUGUAAAUUUAGUCUUUCAAAAAAGUCCUGAUGCCUGCGUGGAACUAAUUUACUUUUGUUUUUUUCAAAAGAAAAAUGAUGACCAAAAUGACCACAGUGUGAUGAUUAUCUGUUUCUUUUUAUUUUUGAGUGUUGUUGACAAACAUCUCAAAUUGCUAGCAAGAACAUCCAUCCAUCCAUCCAUUUUCUGAGCCGCUUCUCCUCACUAGGGUCGCGGGCGUGCUGGAGCCUAUCCCAGCUGUCAUCGGGCAGGAGGCGGGGUACACCCUGAACUGGUUGCCAGCCAAUCGCAGGGCACAUAGAAACAAACAACCAUCCGCACUCACAUUCACACCUACGGGCAAUUUAGAGUCUCCAAUGAAUGGAUAUUUUUGGGAUGUGGGAGGAAACCGGAGUGCCCGGAGAAAACCCACGCAGGCACGGGGAGAACAUGCAAACUCCACACAGGCGGGGCCGGGGAUUGAACCCGGGUCCUCAGAACUGUGAGGCAGACGCUCUAACCAGUCGGUCACCGUGCCGCGCUAGCAAGAACACUGUCGACAAAUUCAUAAUUUUUCAGUGCUGAGACAUUAGGAGAAAUAUGACAAACAGUGAGUAUUUAAUCGAAAUGUCAGUGUUUGUGUCUUUAUAAUGAACAAAACUAUAGUAUUGAUACAGUUAAGAAGUGGGAGGGGACAAAUGUUGGUAAAAUGUGCUACUAUCACAAAUAGGGUAGCUAAAUACCUUUCUUUCGAACAUAACAUGUUAUGCAGCAUCUAUCAUGAUUAGUAAUGGUUUUAUACACAUUGGAAUUAUACAGCAUUGGAUCCAAAACCUAGCCUCCCCUGCUGUUAGAAGAUAUCUGUAUCACAAAAAUGGUGUGGUCAAGGAAACAAGAAUGGGAGCCUCUGCUUGAUCUCUCUCAGAUCUGAAUUUAUUAUCCUGUAUAAUGUUCAAACUUGUUUUGAAGUUUAUUGUUUACAGCAGCGUCCCUCAGAAGCUCUUUUCAUAAAGUCUCAAUUAGUUUAUUGUGAAAUGAUUUUAUUUGCAGUUUCCACUACAAAACCUACACUUUUUUUUAAAUCCCCCUUUUGUUUUGCCGCAGUGUUUAAUUAUUUGAUUUUUGUAGAUUUCAAUUAUUAUUAUUUUUUUAAAUCUGCAAGUUUGGAUCAGCUGCACACUUCCUUUUAAUUAUUAGCUAAGUUGUAGAACCGCUGGCCUUCUCUCUAGUCGGACUGUUGCCAUGGUGACAAAUAAUGAGAACAGGUGCAGAUGUCUUUGUGCAUAGGAUUACUGGCUGUACAAAAAGCAAAGUUUGUAUUUAUUGUGUACAAAUGUUAAUUAAUAAAAGAAUAUUGGGGGAAAAAAACGCAUCGUUGCACUCUACUGUUGUCCACCCAUGUUUGCCUUCUUGUGUGUGUCUGUGUGUGUGCACCUGUUGUAGAAAUGUCCACUACAAUUGUGUAUAAUUAUCAAACGUGUGCCUGUUGUGUACCAGGCGCAAGAAGUGGGUGUGAUCGGAGUCUCUCUAUAUAACCAAGGGUGGAAUUUCCUGAAUCAGAGUGCCGAUGGAGGGAAAAGAGAAACACCAGCCCAGUGAGACAACUGAAACAAUUAGACAAUAUCGUUCCUACUUAGUUGACAUUGAAUUUAAAACAACAUAUGGACCAAGCUGCUUCCAAUUGCCGCCUCAGAUCGACAUGUGUGAAUCUUUAUCUGUGCUCUAACCCUACAGACAGCGUGGUGGAGCGGAGAGCUCUGAGAGAGGUUGUGUUCCCCAAACUAAGAGAGCAUUGCAGACACAAGCUGGGAGUGGACUUCAGGGUGAUCGACCCACAUGAGUCCAUUAAUCCCAGCCGCUGGCUGGAUGAAAACACCAGAAACGAGCUGAUAAAAAAUUGCAGAGAGAGCUCUGCUGGGCCCUUUUUACUGGCUUUGAUAGGACCUGAAUACGGCAGGGCCAGUCUUCCUGCCCAGGUGGAGGUGUCCCACUUCCACUUGCUGCUGCAGCAGAUCCAACAAGCAGGCCUCAGCACCAGAGAGCUGGAGAGAGUUUACCACAGAGAUGAGAACACCGUUCCGCCGACGUUCUGCUUGAGAGCCUCGUGCCUGCCUCAGCAGGAGAAUCACAUGGAGGAUUUGGUGAAGAUGUUUGAGGCUGCUGUGAGUCUGUGUGUGCACAAGAACCUUCUGACCGAAGCGAAAGGCCUCACGUUCAACAGAUCAGUCCUUGAUGGCGAUCUACGGUUUGGCCUGAACAACUGUCCUCGUGAUGACAUCGUCAGACGCUGCCAAUGGGGCACUGUUCCAAACUCCGCCCGAGUAAGAUCAUCAUCCAGUGAGGCAGAUUUACUCUCAGAUCUGAUUGACAACUUCCUGAGAGGCCUCAUCGACUCCUGCCAGCUUGAAGCCUACACCACCGCUACAAAUUGUGACCGUCGCCGUGGUUACACCACAGCGCGGAGGCGGGCGUAUGCAGACUUGCUCUGCCAUCAGGUGUAUUCUGACCUGGUGAGGUUGACUGACAACAUUGCAGAGUCUGGACAAAUUGGAAGCGGUUACCUCAGUGAUGCUUUGGCACGGGAGCAAGUCCAACAGGAGGAGCUGUGCGCCAUACUGUCAGGGUUUUACGUCAUCACGAGGCCAGAAAUGGAAGAGAUCCGAGCCUACGUUCAGCAGAGCGACCAGCGGCGUCCACUCGUGCUGACGGGAGGUCCUUGUGCAGGGAAAACAGUGCUGCUGGCUCACUGUGCUCACCAGAUGAGGUCCUGGCUGCGUGACACCGAUCCUGCUGUGAUCACCUUUUUUACCGACUUGCUGGACCUCCCUUCCGCAGAGCGCCUGCUGUCCAGCUUGUGUUAUCAAAUCCUCAGGAGUUACGACCGCUCUUCGUCUUCACAAGACCUCAACGCUGGCCAUCGCCGAGGUGUCACUGAGCUGAGAGACGCUGAAUCUAGCAUAACUCGCCUUAACCCGAGGACUGUGUUUAGGGCCAUCAAAAAACCUGACAUCAGCCUGUAUGAAGUGAAAGAAUAUCUUUGCUUCCUCCUCUCCUUGCUGCCGUCUUCCAAAAAGCCUUUAGUUCUGAUCCUGGAUGGGGUGGAUCAAAUGGGGCGUAAUUUCGCCGUGCAAAUUAUCGAAAGCCUGCCCUCCCCUCUUCCUCCCGGAGUCAAAAUCAUUCUCGGUAUCUCCUCCAAACAAACGCAUCUCAUGCAGGUCAUCAAACUACAUUACCCAGAGUGCAGUGCACCUGGCUUUGUUUCAGAGGGAGGUAAGAAGCAGUUGGGUUAUGUGCAUGUACUGCUGGGUUCUGCAGACAGGAAGCAAUGUCUGAAGGUGCUCAUGUCACUGCUGAGCAACUCCGGGAGAAGAGUGACUUCGGGACAACUGGCACUGCUGAACCAAGCGCUGACUUCCUGUUGUAUCACCCUCUACGUCCGCUUACUUUCUGAUUCAGAAGUAUCAGAGUCACAUCUCCCUGACGGGGUCCACUCAUCCGUUGCUGCCCUGCUGGAUCACUUGGAGCACAAAUAUUCUUCCCCUGUGGUGGCUCAUGCCCUCUCUUACCUCGCCAUCUCCAGUGUAGGACUCACAGAGGCAGAACUUGCAGAUCUCCUGUCCAGAGCCCACGCCAAUCAGAUCACGCAAGUGGAUGUAGAGCGACUGCUUCUCGAACUGAAGGGCUUUCUCAUCAGGAGGACUGUCACAGGGUGUCAAGUUUUGACCUGGGUAAGCCGACAUUUUCGACUUGUCGUGGCAAAGACCUAUUUAGACACAUGUGAGGCCAGGAGAAAAAUUCAUUCAGAGAUGGCCGAUUAUUUCAUUAGUAGAUGGAAUGCAUGCCAUGAAACGUCAUGCCAAGACGAAGGCAGCGCGCAAACGAGUGCAUACGUGGAAGAACGGCCGUCCCUCAUAGAUGCUGUGAAUGCGAGAAAAGCUGUGGAGCUGAUGUAUCACUUACAAGAAAGCAACAGUUUAGAGUUAAGAUGGAAGGUGUUGACGUCAUGGAGGUUCCAUCAUGUUUUGGUGAAGGCUGGCCUCCUAAGGGAUCUUGUGGCCAUGUUGAGGCAAGAGCAGGGAUCUUGGGACAAUCUAAGGGAAUGCUCACUCCUGGCGAGCAUAUUGGCGUCCUCGUCGUGUUUCCUGCAGAGCUCCCCUAUAGAGCUGCCCACAUUAAUGGAGGCAAGCCUCCUCCCAUAUUUGGAGAUCUUCCCUGCGCUCAGAUUUUAUGUCGACGAAAUCAGAUGGGAGAGGGGGAUAAGAGGCUGCGGACUGGCAGUAUUGCUUCCUCCGUCUCCCGACACUGUCCCCCUGCUUCGGCAUCUCCAGCGUGACGGCGGACCAACUCAGCUCACUGUGACCGGUGCAGGGACACCGUGUGGGACGAUCACAGAGGUUAUGCGUGAUGGCUCAGCGUGGCUGUGGAACGGCUCGGACUUUGGUGUGGUGCGACUUUUGCCGAACUGUGAGCAGGGAGAAAUCAAGUUUGCAGGAGUGAAAAGCAGCCACUGAUUCAUGUUAUUUGCCACCUUAUGCAACAAACUGUUCUUGUGCGAUGUUACAGCUCCAGAAAUCUUUGUGGAGGUCAAAGCCUCACACAGACCGAACAUGUUUGAGGGCUUUGUGGCAUUUGAUCGACAGUUAUGUGUAUGGUGGAAGCAGGACAGCAUUGUGGGACUGUUCGAUGCCUCCAACACAAGUGUGACAAAUUUGAAGUGUCGGAGCUACGUAACCUGUGUGGCGUUCAGUUCUUUAGGCUCCCACAUUUAUUGUGGCCAGGAAGAAGGCACCGUUUCUAUAUUUGACAGAGACAGCUGCAGCCUCCUUUGCUCCUGUUCAAACUCAAACCGCUGUGCAAUUGUGUCGAUAAUCCUCUGUAAGGAUAAAGAGGAGAUGGCAUGGUCGGGAGCUCUGAAACUAUGGAAAGUUCCUGCCAAAACACAAACGCCAAGAUUUGUUAAAGAAGCCUCUGCAGGAAGCGAGUUUAACGACAUGCUCAAUACUGAUUACUUGUAUGAAUUCAGCAGUUUUUUGGUAUGUCACUGUAAGCAGGUCACAGUGUGGGAUACGUGUGAGUGGGAGAAGUCUGACCACUUCUGGGCUCCGCAGGGUCAAGCCUUCGCUCAAGUGGUGUUUUCCCAAGAUGGACACCAUUUACUGGCUUUACUAGAGGACUGUCCUCUGGUGUUGGUUUGGAGGCGUAGCACAGCACAGUGUGUUCUCUCUUUAGAUACCAACAACCUGCCUCAUACACUCCUCAAAACCCCCUCACAUAUUGUGUGUGUCACGGACAAUGGCUGCCUUCUUGCGUGGGAUGCCGAGAUGGUUUAUGUUGCUGGCGAAGCUCCAAAAAUGGAAUGCGGGGUGAAAGAUGUGACGGUGGAUAAAACAGGACGGUGGUUCUACACAGCAGAUGGGACGGACACGGUGUGGAGUUGGAGCUUCCAAACAGGUCUUCCACAUGCCAACUUUCUGCAUGAUAAUCCUGUGAAGAAGAUACGUCUUAGUAAGGAUGACCUGACCCUUGUGACACUCUCCGUUGAAGAUAUUUACAUUUGGCAAACAGAAACGGGGCAGAAUAUUUUACGUAUAGGUGGGAGCAGAGCUACGGAUGUUCUUAUUACGCCCAAUUGUAGGUUUGGUGUGAGCAUUUGUGAGCAAGGGCUGUCUCGGGUAUGGAAAAUGGCACACGGGGGUGUUGUAUGCGGUAUUCACCUGUACCUUUGUGAUGCACAGGUGUCGCCUGAGAGCACCUUUCUCAUUGGCCUCCGUGGCGGAGACCUGCUGGCUGCCAGCUUGUGGUCGGGCACGAUCAGCAAAAGCUUCCCCAGGGCGGAAAGCUCCGAAGAUGUUGUUGCUUUCCACACGCUUUCACAGCACGCCGAUUUUGUGGUCGUGAUGGUUGCCUCGGGAGGGAUCUACACCUGGAAGAUGUCCAAUGAGACGGUGUGCAGGCACUUUCAGCUGCCGGGGACAUUAUAUUUUCAACCGCAGAACUUUCAGAUGACGUCAAAUGGAAGCUUUGCAUUGUUGUCUAUUGAUAAUGAAGCGAUCACCCUCUUGGAUGUAUUUCGGGUCAGACUGUGUUCAUUUAAAGCUGGGGGUUCUGUAAUGAAAGCCUGCUUGGAUGAAACGGGACGUUACAUGGCUUACAUCACAGCGAACAAGCGCCAGAGAUGUACCUGUUCCCAGCAUGCACAUCCCACCCUCACCGUGGUGCAACUCUCUGAUGGAGAGAAAGUUGGCCGGGUGUUUCUGUGUAAGGAUCCAUUGACGCUUCUUGUACAUGGACAGCAAUGUGUGUUUGUGGGUUUUCGAGAUGGGUCGGUCGGUGUGUAUUCUAUUUCAGGGCCCUUGAUAGGUGGGGAGGAUGCAGGCAGAUACGUCAAAAACUUGGGGGGUCAGUUAAGGGGCUGCUGUUGGAAUGCAGGACCACUGAGGUGGUUUCCCCUAAAAACACCCAACAUUACAUGGCCUUAGCGACUCUGUGUUACAUAGAACAGGUGUGCCUUGGGUUUUUCAGGAUACGAGCGAGCUUCAGAACCAGAUGGGCUUGGCGGCAGCGCACUGCACGAUAUCCAGCAACCAUCGAUUCACAUUUGCUUCCUUCCAAUGGAAGGACAAUAUCAGUUGGUGGCAGCAAAGCUGGUUUUCCAACUGCCAAAAGCACAACAAGGAAGGACAAUACAGGAGGUACUCUUUGGCAAGUCCAAUCUCCUCAACUUUAUGCCACAUUUCCUUAACCUUUGUUGGAAUACAUCAUCGGUUCAAGGAGAGAUGAAAAGUUAUUGUAGGAAAGGAUCGCUCUGUUUCAAAUGAACUCAACUCCACUUUUCCUAACCGUUGUCAUCACGUGACGGCGAGUAUUGAUGAUGUAAAGUUUCUAGCUUGCUUUAUUUUCUUUUUUUCUGUCCUUUCUCUCUUUCGCUCAAAGAUUUAUCUCUCGCACGUUUCUGUAUUUUAUGAUAUUUUGUGUUUACAGCUGUUUUUUUCUGUAUGGAUUGUAAGGUUAGUCUUACUUUCUUUAAGGCAAUUAUUUUUUUAUGUUCACAUUGCUGUUCUAUAAGACUCUUCUUGACGCAUGUUUAUUUAUAUAUGCUUUUCUGUUCUUAUUAAAAUAUAUAUUUUUGUAUUAUUAAUUUUAAAGUCUCUCGCAUGGAACUCUUGAGUGUCUUUGCGUAGUCUGUGAACUUCGGUGGUCUGUUGCUUAAAAUAUUGCUACCAUAAAGGAUUGUGUAUUAUACGGUAUAUCUCCUUUGCUUUUGAAAAGAGUGUUCAGGAGUAACCUUUGCUCGAGGUGGCUUAAAGGUUGCUUUGAUGCACCUUUCCUAAGCGUUUUUAGAAUUUAAACGACCGAAAGCCGUAAUUGUGUGUUUCUAUAAAGUACAAUAAUGUUGAGUGGAAUUGUACUUAAAGUUUUACUUUUAAAAAAAUUCGGGUGUUUUUUAUUUUUUUGUGUGGUUUUUUUGAGGGGGCUGGAACAGAUUAAUUGCAUUUCCAUUCACUUCAAUGGGGGAAAAUAUUGAAUAUUAAUUUGGGAUGCAAGUCUUUUGAGAUAAAAUUGUGAUCACUGAAUAAAUUAAACUCAAGGCACAACUGUACAUUGAUGAACUCGAACGGCACUCAUACAAGUGCAGACAAGGUUGGAUUGUUAAGAAAAAGGGGGAAAAUGCAUGGCGCACAUUUGUGUAUGUUUGUGAUAUCACACGUGGCGGGCAGCAGUUUCUGAAUCAGGAGAAUGCACUGAAAAGAACGAGGCAGUAGAAUGAACAAUGAUUGGAUGUUAUUGCUAAGCCACACAAAACACCCGACUAAAAUCUUGUCAUUAAUACGUAACAUAAAUCAAUGUGAACUAUGUGUAGCCAAUGCAAAAUAAUGGGACCCUGGAAAUCAUUGUUCAAGGGUGGGCUUUUAUUAUCACUUAAAUAGCUAAAAGAGAGGGAAAAAAGUGGAAACAAUAGAGAGGAACAUAAUUGUGUUUAUGUUACAGCAGUGGGGGGAAAUAAAGUAUGUUCUCUUCUCUCGUUUCGGUCUUGACACCACUUGUUGAGAAUGGACCUUGUUUCAGAAGUUGCAAAAAGCCAAAGAAAAAGAAAAACGUGCCGCGUUAAUUUAUUAGGCUCCAACAGUGCAAAGCGACAUAGAAAAUUGAUGGAUGUAAAUGAGCUCCUAAUGCUGUGGCAAUGCUCUGACAUAGGUUCAAGAUCAAAAUCAAAGUUCGACUGUUAAGAGCUGAAAGGAGCCCGAUGAGUAUUGAAAUAAAACGAAGACAUAGAGCUCCUUUAUGCAAGUCAGUCCAAAAAUUGAGCUGUCAGAAACUUUGUUGAUGAUGUUGCUGUCGUCCUCUUUUUUUUUUUUUUUCAUUUUGUUGUCAUUUAAAAACAGAGUCUGUUGCACAGAGUAAGUAGAACCCCAAUUCCAAUGAAGUUGGGACAUUGUGUUAAACAUAAAUAAAUACAGAAUACAAUGAUUUGCAAAUCAUGUUCAACCUAUAUUUAAUUGAAUACACUUCAAAGACAAGAUAUUUAAUGUUCAAACUGAUAAACUUUAUUUUCUUUUAACUUUAUUUUCUUUUAACAACAUUCAAUAAACGUUUGGGAACUGAGGACACUAAUUGUUGAAGCUUUGUCGGUGGAAUUCUUUCCCAUUUUUGCUUGAUGUACAGCUUCAGCUGUACAACAGUCCGGGGUCUCCGUUGUCGUGUUUUACGCUUCAUAAUGCGCCACACAUUUUCAAUGGGAGACAGGAAGCCACGCUGUUGUAACACGUGCAGAAUGUGGUUUGGCAUUGUCUUGCUGAAAUAAGCAGGGGCGUCCAUGAAAAAGACGUUGCUUGGAUGGCAGCGUAUGUUUCUCCAAAACCUGUAUGUACCUUUCAGCAUUAAUGGUGCCUUCAUAAAUGUGUAAGUUACCCAUGCCAUUGCCACUAACACAGCCCUAUACCAUCGCAGAUGCGGGCUCUUGAACUUUGCGCCCGUAACAGUCCGGAUGGUUCUUUUCCUCUUUGGCCCGGAGGACACGACGUCCACAAUUUCAAAAACAAUUUGAAAUGUGGACUCGUCGGACCACAGAACACUUUUCCACUUUGCAUCAGUCCAUCUUAGAUGAGCUCGGGCCCAGAGAAGCCGGCGGCGUUUCUGGGUGUUGUUGAUAAAUGGCUGUUGCUUUGCAUUGUAGAAUUUCAAGAAUUUCAUUGUAUUCUGUUUUUAUUUAUGUUUAACACAAUGUCCUAACUUCAUUGGAAUUGGUGUUGUAAUAAACAAUGUAUUUUA